AGUAUAUGAAGCCGAUCCCAACUGGAUCCUUUGGUGUACUACUCUACCCAAAGUCAGGUGUCAAGCUACCGGUAGGUCACGGGCUACCUAUUGGGGACCUCUGCUGGACCACCGUCCCUGCUCAAAUGCAUUCCCACUAAUGGCCGACAGGGGGCAACUCCCCCAGUUUUCUGUUGUAAAAGAAGCCAGACUUCCCUUGUAAGUAAGACGUCGAUGACAUAAUGAAAUUUCUUCUAAUGGGAUUUGCUAUCAGGGCUAAAUGCCUUGUGGUUGGUAAUUGCGGCUCUGGAGAUUGAUGUUGUCAGAAGACAAGAGGUGAUUUUUGACUUGAUGUGCGUCUGUGGACUUCUGUGUGUGGUCAAAACAGUGAAUCAUUCAAGUGAUAAAAGUCGUCUCACAAGUUGAGAUCAUGAUUAUAGGCCAUGUUAGGAAAUGGUCGCCCUGACUGAGAACUCGCAUAGUUAAUCAUCAAGGUCAUGUUGCUGUCCCACUAUGUGAAAAUGUGUCACUUUUUCCUCCAAGAUGUGUUUUGCUGUGACUGAUCCGACAUCGUGUCAGUUGUCAUAGCUGUGAGCUAUCAUCACAUGUAUCUUACCCACUUUAAAUGUUCAUGGCACUGAUAUACACAACGUUAAUUACUCUUAUCCAGUAGCUUCAUGGUAAUGGUCAUGGUUUUAUUUGUUUCGGUUAUGUCACAUGCUUACAUUUGCACAAUUCAACAUGUCCUAAAAGAGUAGGAAGAAGCAGAGCUUUUGUCAUUCUUCCAUUUCCAUGUUCCUGAAAUUACUGACUGCUCACGUCUGGGCAUCUUUGCAUGGGGUUUGCAUACUCUGCCCAUGCCUACUUGGAAAAAUGGCUGCUAAUACUGUACCAAAGAAAAUACGUUGCAUACUGCAGGUUAUCUAUAAUUGCUGUGCCAGUUUCCAGUUUCAAUUCAAGCAUGAAUGUAUUUUUCUAUGUUGGUCUUAUUGAUUUAGAAUGAAAUCUGAGUCCAGAUGUCAGCUGAGGUCCAAUUUCAAUUCUCUUCUCUUCCUGUUUCACCUAAACGCUUAACUUGAACUUUCAGGAACAGUUGUUCUGUAUCACAGAGGCGUUUUAAAAGAUGCGUACAGCAAAGGUCAAAGAUGAGCAGAGGAGGAUAAACGUCCCAUCUCCAAACAUUGUUCCUUUAAGAGGAGGAAGAGGAAAUCCAUCAUCGUCACGGUGAUGCUGCUGAUUGUGUCCGUGCUCAUUCUCAUCUUCGGCCUGGCAGCGACAACCAGGACACAGAACAUCACCGUUGGCGGCUACUACCCGGGACUCAUUCUGGGCUUUGGCUCCUUCCUGGGAAUCAUCGGCUCUCAUUUGAUAGAGAACAAGAGGCAGAUGCUAGUGGCUUCCAUUGUCUUCAUCAGCUUCGGGGUGGUGGCUGCCUUCUGCUGCGCUAUUGUAGAUGGAGUUUUUGCCGCCAGGCACAUUGACCUGAGGCCUCUCUAUGCAGGACGCUGUGACUACCACUCGAGCGAGACUGCAUCUGAACGAGACGUGGCCUGCCAGACGUCAUCUCGCACGUCCUGCAACCUGCGUGUGAGAAGCAACACGUGUUACUGCUGCGACCUGUACAACUGUGGCAGAGAGCCUCCUCAAAUGGGACUUCAGAAUAAAGAUUUGAAAAAGUUUAAGAAACCAUCAAUGAUUUGGAACCGCGUGGAGGUGGUCGGCGGCUACCACGAGUACACCGACGUGAAAAGCUGUCAGGAUGUGGUUCACCUCUACCACCUGCUCUGGUCUGCCACCAUCCUCAACAUCGUGGCUCUUUUCUUGGGCAUCAUCACCGCUGCCGUGCUGGGUGGCUUCAAAGACAUGACACCUUCUCAGACCUCAGAAAGCACAUCUGAACCAGAGGCCAUCACGGCCUCGGUGCCCUCAGAAGGCCCACCACCCACCAACUCUGUCAACUCCUACUACAACACCGCCCCCCGCCUGCCGCCAUACAGCGCCUAUGACGCACAGGUGGGUACCUACAUGUUGGCCGACUCCUCCGGACUGUCAGACGACUCCCAGUCUGGAGCCAGUCACCUUUGGCCCACCAUGAUUCCUCCACGCUACUCCCCACCUCACAACCAUCCCGAGGACAAGCCCCCGCCAUACAGCCCCUAAGAGGGGGUGGGACGGUACCCGGUAUGCGAUGCCGUCUGAUUGCCGUUGAACCUGAGGAGGCGGAUGGCGCCAUCAAGGGGAGUUUCAAGGCGCAAAAAGGUGCUUGCACGCUUGGCCGGCGCAGCUCAAGAGCAUUGAGGAAGUUUACAGUUGAUCUGCCUUAAUGCCAACAGUCUUCCAGCACUGCAGCCUCCGACCCCACAGGCCACACCUUAGCAUCCUCCAUGUUGAUCAGGAGGCUGUGGAUGUGACAUGACGUUAGCGGUUAGACUGGUUUAGUGGUUAGAGUGUUGAUAGCUUAUCCAGGCUUUUCAUGUACAGGCGCUCCACAGGUAAGUAUUAUUCAAUCAUCACUUAUUAUACUAUUUUCAACUCUUUUCAAUCUGUCUGAGACGUCCCACAAGAAUUGGAAGUCAAUUGGCCCAGAUCUGGACUUGAUGCUGCAACUUAAAUAGUCUGAGUGCUUUUAGUAGCCGUUUUAUGUGUCUGUAGCGUUAAUGCUAUCGGGCGACGUCAGCCCAUGCCCGCCUCCAGCAGCAUACGGCAGUGAUUGGAUCCCAUUCCUUUUACGGGCUCCACUUCUUAUGAGUGGAUUAUUGAAGUGAAUCAGGUCGCUGAUUCUAUUGUCAUAAAGUGCAUGCACACAAACCCACACAUGCUGCAGGCUGUGUUUUCAGAUGUGUAGCAAAGCCUUUUUUUUUUCAAAUGUUGACAUCUGUGAGUUCAAAUAUCUGUUGCGGCGUCUCAAUGUGGUGCAUGUUAUCUCAGGGGGGCGGGGGGGCUCAUCCAUCUGGGGCGGGUCAAAGGAAGUAUUAUGUCCAUGAGGAAGGUUUUUCCCUGAUUGUGUCAUGAAAACAAAGAACUUCAAAAAAAACAAAAAGCAAGCAUUUACAAUUGAGGGCGAUGAUAAGAUUUAUCUCACAUUCGGUGUUCAUAAACUGACAUAUUACUUUACCUUUAAAGAAAAGUUUCGGAGGUUUUUGAGGCAACAUCAUGGAUGUUAUUACACUCCACGUGCAAUUUAUUCUAUUCUCCUCACUUAAUGCUGCUGAGCAGAAACACCUUUUCCCUUUGGAAUUAGCGACCAUUUCACUAACAGGACGUGAGCUGUGAUGCCAGUGCGGGACUCACAGAAAGCACAUGAUGGAAGAAACACGCGUGACACCGUGAGGACGUAAGAUUUUGUCCACUGCUCUCAUUGAACUGAUUCUCAGGGUUGCUGAGUCUCAUUUUGUCUUGCUAUUAAAGUUUGUUCAGUGCUAUCAA